UAUAAGAACGUGGCUCUUCUAUCCGGCGGCAAGCACUGCCCAAAUAACCCUCCAACGAUGCAGAUCCAUCCGAGGUACUCCAUCCUCCUGCUGGGCCUCCUUUUUCUGGCACUUUUUUCGAGCUCUGAGGCUCGUAGAAGCGGAUAUCGGUUGCCGAGGCCGCAAGGACGCAGUGCUUCUGGCAGCUCGCCAGCAGCCCCCCAGGAUGUGGGCAGCGGCAGGGAUCUGUUCAAGAAGUUCAUGCUGAUGCGAGGCAUGUUCCAGCAACCGCCCAGCGACAAUGUCAUCGUCAUCUCGCAGCCCUCAACGACGACCACAACGACAACUACCCCGAUUACGACGACAACACCGUCGACCACAACCACCACGACGACCACCAAUGGCACUACUCGUGCCCUAAACCACAAUCUUGGCCGGCAACUGAACGAGAUUGCAGUGCCGACGUUCACGGGACUCGAGGAUCGUCUGGAUCUGCCGGUGGCUGUUGAGGAAUCGCCGGAACCCGAAGAGAUAGAGACUGUCAAGCAUCGAAAACAAUCACAAAUCCAACUGCAGCCCCUGUUCGGGCAGAAGAAGUUCAAGCUGCGGAGUCUGCCGGCCAAGAACAAGAAGAAAAAUGUUCAUCGCAACCAGAAGAUACAUCACCGACGUCGCUUCAUUCAGAAGAAGCAUCGCCAUCAACAUCAAAAGAAACAGAAGACGAAGCAGCCAUCCGCAAAUCAGCAUCGCAGCUCCGAAUCGGUUGUGGACUUCAUUGAGCCGUAUCACAACGAGAGGUCCCCCGGCCAGACAAGUCAGUCCGGUUCAGAGUCUCAACUCCAACGCAUCUGGCGGCGAUUCCAGCUGGCCAACUAAGCUGGCAGCUGAGCUUUAUAUUUUUAAUUGAAACAUUUUUUUUCUAUUUUUUUUUUAAGUGUAUUGAGGCCCAAGCCAAAGUGCAGGGGAUGGAAAUUAUUUAUUUAUUUAUUGCAUAACCAUGUAGUAUUUUUUUU